AGUUGUUUGUAGAUAUAUGUUACAGUUCGUUCAUUUUCCAUAUUAUUAUUAUUAUGUACAUUUUAUUAGGUAUAUAUUGACAAUCCUUGUAAGAUUUUGAAGGUUAGUGAAUUAUUAUUAUUUAUAAACAAAAGUAAAAAAAACAUAUUGAUUUUAACCGAUAUCAAAAUGAAUUAUCCUCAAGUAUAGAUCGAAUCAAUCGAUUAUCAUAUAUAAUUUUAUAUCGCGUUAUUUUUUUUAUCAAUAUUCGACUGAUAAUUAUGUAUUCAUAUGAAAUUUUAAAUUUCGGCGUUUAUUACUUGAUGUGAUAAUCCACUGAUAAAAACAAUUCCUCUUAAAUGGCUUUUUCACCAUCAAAAUUAAUCUUAAUAGCCACACUUCAAAUUAAUAAUUCUUGUUUAUCUUUGGUUUACUUCUAAUGAAUCGAACUCGUUUACUCGUGAGGUUUUCUUUGAAUUUAUUUUCUGAUUGAAUUAUUUUUUUUUGACAAAGAUUCAUGCUCAAUAAGCAUCACAAAUAGAAACAAAUUUUUCGAAUAGCCUAGGAAAUGGAGGAAAGUUUCUUAAUAAAAAUGUAAAAUGCCCGAAAUGUAUAACCAACCUUUCAGCUGAUUUAUUUAUUGGAUUUAAUAACUAUUAUCGUGAAUUUUGUCGUCAAUUUUGAGAAUUAUAAUUAUAUUCUUGUUGAUUUAAUAAUAUUUGCUCCUAAUGAAAUUGCAAAUUGCUGCAAAUAAAUAAACAGGUGUAAAUUAUGAAGGUCCUGAAAUAAAGAAGAAGAAAACUUCUAUGAGACGAAUCUCGAAAAAUGUCCCUAGAUGGUAUAUAAAGAGCCUCAGAAUUAGAGGUAGACUCAUUAUUUUUCACUCAUUCCGUAUUGCAGUGUGCCCCUUAGUAAAAUUAUUUUGUGUUUGUUCGUGCAAGUUGAAAUACUUAAAAUAUCACUUUUUAUCAUGGCUGAAUUUAAAAGUCUAUCUUUAAGCGAUAGUGAUGACAGCGAUAUGGAUAAUGAUCCACCAAGGCUGACCCAACCAAUUGUUUGCAAGGCAUUUCCAGCCUUGCAAACAAAUACACCUAACCUUUCGGAAUCAAGUAGCUCAGACAGUGAAUCAAGUAGUGGCAGCAGUUCAAGUAGUGAUUCAGAAGAGGAAGCUGCUACCGAAAAGGAAAAGAAUACCAUUGAUUCAGUGCCUGAAAAAACCCAACAGAAAAGUCCUGAAGGUUCAAAGUCAGAAUCGAGCAGCAGUUCAAGUGAUAGCAGCAGUUCAAGUAGUGAUUCAGAAGAGGAAGCUGCUACCGAACAGGAAACUGCUACCGAAAAGGAAAAGAAUACCAUUGAUUCAGUGCCUGAAAAAACCCAACAGAAAAGUCCUGAAGGUUCAAAGUCAGAAUCGAGCAGCAGUUCAAGUGAUAGCAGCAGUUCAAGUAGUGAUUCAGAAGAGGAAGCUGCUACCGAACAGGAAACUGCUACCGAACAGCAAAAGAGUACCAUUGAUUCAGUGCCUGAAAAAACCCAACAGAAAAAUCCUGAAGGUUCAAAGUCAGAAUCGAGCAGCAGUUCAAGUGAUAGCAGCAGUUCAAGUAGUGAUUCAGAAGAGGAAGCUGCUACCGAACAGGAAGCUGCUACCGAACAGGAAACUGCUACCGAACAGCAAAAGAGUACCAUUGAUUCAGUGCCUGAAAAAACCCAACAGAAAAGUCCUGAAGGUUCAAAGUCAGAAUCGAGCAGCAGUUCAGAAUCGAGCAGUAGUUCGGAAUCUGGCAGUAGCUCGGAAUCUGACAGUAGUUCAGAAAGCAGUUCGGAUAGUGAAUCGGAGGAUGAAACUGAAACAAAACACCAAGAAACGCGUCCUACUAACCAGAAUCAAGAGGUGGAAGCUAGCAAUAACUCGGAAGAGAAAGCUAGCUGCCACCCAGAGGCUAGUAGAGAUUCUGGCGAUGAUUCCGGGGACGAGGCAAGCUCCGAAUCGGAAAGCGAUGCAGAAGAUGAUGCUCAUCAUUCAAACGUGAAAACUAACCCUUCUGCUGAAAUCCAAGAGGGGCAAGCUAGCUCCGAUUCAGAAAAAACCAACUGCGUUCCUAGAAAUCGUUCAGAUGGUGAAUGUUCAUCUGAAGAGGAAUUUAACGAUGGAUAUGACGACAAAUUUCUGCGGGACGAGAGAGAUAAGGCUCAUCUAGCCAGUCUGACAGAACGGGAGAGGGAAACCGAGUUGUUCAGACGGGCAGAAAGGAGAGAGCAGAUGAGAACUAGGUUCGAAAUGAAAAAAAGGUUGAGGGUGGCUAAGAAGGCAGAAACAGCAAAAGAAAUCGCCGAAGAGGACGAGGACAGAAAAGAUCUUCGCGUCAAAAUAUUGAUCAGAAGAGGGAAACAUACAACGUAUGAAACAGACAAGCGUAACAAUGCUAUGGCACAGUUGAAAUCAAGAAGGGAAGACACGUUACUGCGCGAGGAGACGAGAAAAAGAAAGAGAGAAGAGACAGAGCGAGAAGAGAAGAGGUGUAAAUUGAAAACAUCGGAGGUAUACUCAGAUGACAGUGGUGGUGAAGCUCCUAAGCCCGAGUCAAGACCGCCACCUAGCUGUAGCCCCAAAACCGAACAGCCAAACAAACUCUACGUGCCGUCCAAAGAUGAUCUGAACACGAUUCGGCUGUCUAGGGAUCACCUAGAAAAAAUGAUAGAUAUGCCAUUUUUUGAAAAAACCGCCAUUGGCUGCUAUAUUAAAAUUGGUGUUGGUCAACAGGGAUUUGACCCUAUUUACAUAAUUGCUGAAAUAUUUGGAGUGUACGAAACAGCUAAAGUAUAUACGUUAGGGAGAACUAGGACCAAUAAGGGCUUUAAAGUCAGAAUUGGUGAGGAAUAUCGGGUCUACAGAUUUGAAUUCGUUUCAAAUCAGGACAUCAAUGCUGGCGAGUACCACCAAUGGCUUGUAACGAACAUACAAGCAAAGCAGCCUUUUCCAACCAGACAGCAUGUGGAACAAAAAAAAGCGGAUAUCGAAGAGGCGAUGAAUUAUGAAUUCAACGACCAGGACAUUGAAAGAAUCAUCAAAGAAAAAGAGAGAUUCCAACAAAAUCCCCGCAAUUUUGCUAUGGAGAAGAGAAAAUUAGCGGAAGAAAGAGAAUUAGCCCGUACCAAUGGAGAUAUCCACAGGGCCAAUGAAUUGGGAAUGAGGCUGUUUGAGUUGGAGCAAAGAGCUUCUGAACUUGAUAUGGUCAGGACCUCCACAAUUUCUAGUAUCGCUCAUAUAAACGAUCGGAAUAGGAGGAGAAAUAUCGAAGAAGCUGAAAAAGCUAUCAGGGAGGAACACGCUGCAAGUAACGGGAGAAAGGUUUAUGAUCCUUUCACUAGGCGUUCCACGAAACCUACCAUGAGUUCGAGACACGUAGAAGAGUCACUUCCUGAACUUGUUCCAGAAGUGGCACCACCUGCACCAAGGGUAGUACCCAGACCUCCACCACAACCAAGAACGGUUGAAAUAAAUGAUCUUUUUGAAGCUCAUGACUUCGAACUGAAUCUUGAUAUAAAAAUUGAUCCUCAACCAGCAUUACCAGUGGCACCUGUAAGGGUGACGUCGAGACCAGAGAGGAGAGUCUUAGUGCCGAAAAGGACUCUUAAACCAUACCAGAGGGAAAUGAAAAGAGAAUAAGUGGAGUAGAAUUUUGAUAUUUCUAAAUGAAUUCAGG